CGAUGAAUCGUUUAAUUUUGUCGUUGACGAGUUUUAGACUUUCUUUAUACGAGAAUAAACAUUGGCGUGAUUUACCCACCGUUUAAAUGCACGACAUACUGAGAUGACUAAUAUACGCGGACUCCGAUUCUCGUUAGGGUUCUGGUUUGACGUUUUGCUGCGGGUCUUUCUGGCAGUGCUAUUCGUGGAGCUGGAAAAAGCAGAACCAUUUACGAGAAAGAUUCAUGAAGAUGAGUUAUGGUUAUAUAGAAAUCCAAGAACAGAAUCUUUUGUCCCAACUACAGUAUUAUGGCCUCUUGUGUUUAUGAUGCCGAUCGUCGUAAUUUGCUUCUUUUUUAUAAUAUACAAAGAUAAAGUCGAUUUUCAGCAGUCAGUAUUGUCUGUAACAUUAGCCCUAGGAUUUAAUGGUCUUAUUACAGACAUUUUAAAACUUAUAGUAGGUCGUCCAAGACCAGAUUUCUUCUGGAGGUGUUUUCCAGAUGGACAAAUGAAUCCAGGAUUUAAAUGUACUGGAGAUCCGGUAGUUAUCAGGGAUGGAAAGAAGUCAUUCCCAAGCGGACAUUCCUCGUUUGCGUUCGCCAGUUUCGGCUUUAUCGCCUUGUAUUUAGCCGGAAAGUUACACACAUUCAGCUUAGCGGGAAAAGGACAAUCGUGGAAAUUGUGCACGUUCCUUUUGCCGCUUUGUGUCGCACUUACUAUUGCGUUAAGCAGAACGUGCGACUAUCACCAUCAUUGGCAAGACGUGGUGAUGGGUUCGAUAAUAGGAUACUGUAUAACGUACAUCUGUUACAGACAUUAUUACCCUCCGUUAGAUUCGCCAUAUUGCGAUAAACCAUAUGUAGCACUUGCGUUACAAGUUCAGUCAAAUACCAUCAAAUCUAACAAAAACGAGCAAAUUAAGUGGAUAUAGAGAAGUCAAAAUUAUUACUCAUAUACGCGUCAUAAAUAAUAUUUUAAAGAAUACUUAACAUUUUUGUUAAAAUCUUUGAGAACUGUAUAUUUUGUGUACCAAUAUAUAUAUACAUAUAUCUCUCUGACUGAGAAUAAAUAUAUGUCUAUACAAAGAAUAUGAAUUCACACGAAUAUUAGAAUUUAUAUGUAUUAGAGAUC